CUGCCUGCCGGGGCCAUGUCGCUGCGGCCGCAUCUGUACGGGGGGGAGGGGGCGCUGGGGGGCGGGGGGGAGGAGGAGGAGGAGGAGCUGGAGCGCUUCGAGAUCACCGAGUGGGACCUGCAGAACGAGUUCAACCCGAACCGGCAGCGCCACCGGCAGACCAAGGAGGAGGCCCUCUACGGCAUCUGGGCCCCGCAGCGCCGCCCCGGCGGGAAAGGCGGCGGCGGCGGGGGGGACUCCGACGAGGACGACGACGAGGACGACGACCGGCCCGCAUUCGCCGGCAAGAGGUCCAAGGAUUACUCGGCCCCCGUGAACUUCAUCAGUGCUGGGCUGAAGAAAACAGCCCCAGAAGACUUGGAAGAGGAGGAUUCUGAGGAGGACGAGAAGCCCGGGAAGCAAGAGGAGGCCCCGAAAGAGUUUGUGCCAAAGAAGCUGAAAACGGGUGGCAACUUCAAACCCAGCCAGAAAUGUUUUGUUGGAGGGACCAAGUCCUUCAUGGACUUUGGCAGCUGGGAGCGGCACACCAAAGGGAUUGGGCAGAAGCUCCUCCAGAAAAUGGGCUACGUGCCCGGCAGAGGGCUUGGCAAGAACGCUCAAGGUAUCAUCAAUCCCAUUGAGGCCAAGCAGAGGAAAGGCAAAGGGGCCGUGGGGGCCUACGGCUCGGAACGGACUUCUCAGUCCCUGCAAGACUUCCCUGUGGUUGACUCGGAGGAAGAAGCUGAAGAGGACUUCCAGAAGGAGCUCAGCCAGUGGCGGAAGGACCCAAGUGGGGGCAAGAAGAAACCCAAGUACGCCUACAAGACCGUGGAGGAGCUGAAGGCCAAGGGCCGGGUGGGCAAGCAGCUCUCGACUCCCCAGAAAGAGCUGGCGCAGGUCAAGGUGAUUGACAUGACGGGCCGGGAGCAGAAGGUCUACUACAGCUACAGCCAGAUCAGCCAGAAGCACAACAUCCCGGACGAUGCGCCCCCCCAGCAGCUGCCCCUGGACAAGGACUCCAAGCCGCAGGCCUUCGCCCUGCCAGAGCUGGAGCACAACCUGCAGCUCCUCAUCGACCUCACGGAGCAGGAAAUCAUCCAGAACGACCGGCAGCUGCAGUACGAGCGCGACAUGGUGGUCAACCUGAGCCACGAGAUCGAGAAGAUGGACGAGGUCCUCUCUCGCGAGGAGCUGGAGGUCCACAACCUCAGCAAGGUCCUGGAGAUAGUGGAGGAGUGCGAGAGGCGGAUGCAGCCCGGCUGCGAAAACCCCCUGAGCCUCGUCGAGUGCGCCAGGAUCUUUGAGACCCUCCAGGAUAAAUAUUACGAGGAGUAUUGCAUGUCCGACCGUGUGGAUCUGGCAGCAGCCAUUGUUUUCCCACUGGUGAAGGAGUACUUCAAGAACUGGGACCCACUGAAGGACUGCAUGUUUGGCACAGAAGUCCUCGGCCAGUGGAAGAGGCUGCUGGAAAACGACCAGCUGUUGUCUCACGGGGCGCAGGACCCCUCCUCGGACGCAUUUCACCGGCUGAUGUGGGAGGCGUGGAUGCCGUACGUGCGGAACAUCAUCGCGCAGUGGCAGCCCCGGAACUGCGUCCCGAUGGUGGACUUCCUGGACAGCUGGGGGCACAUCAUUCCCGUCUGGAUCCUGGACAACAUUCUGGACCAGCUGAUCUUCCCCAAGUUGCAGAAGGAGGUGGAGAACUGGAACCCUCUCACGGACACGGUGCCCAUCCACUCGUGGAUCCACCCGUGGCUGCCCCUGAUGCAGGCCCGCCUCGAGCCCCUCUACUCGCCCAUCCGCAACAAGCUGUCCAGCGCCCUGCAGAAGUGGCACCCCAGCGACUCCUCCGCCAAGCUUAUCCUGCAGCCCUGGAAGGACGUCUUCACCCCGGGAUCGUGGGAGGCUUUCAUGAUCAAGAACAUUGUGCCGAAGCUGGGUCUGUGCCUGAACGAGCUGCUGAUCAACCCCCACCAGCAGCACGUGGACGCCUUCUUCUGGGUGCUGGACUGGGAAGGCAUGGUCUCGCCCUCCAGCCUGGUGGGGCUGCUGGAGAAGCACUUCUUUCCCAAGUGGCUGCAGGUCCUGUGCUCCUGGCUCAGCAACAACCCUAAUUACGAGGAGAUCACCAAGUGGUACCUGGGCUGGAAGUCGAUGUUCUCGGACCAGGUGCUGGCCCACCCGUCCGUCAAGGAGAAAUUCAACGAAGCCCUGGAUGUCAUGAACCGAGCAGUCUCUUCCAGUGUUGGGGGCUACAUGCAGCCUGGCGCACGAGAGAACAUCGCUUACCUGACGCACACGGAGCGCCGGAAGGACUUCCAGUACGAGGCCAUGCAGGAGCGUCGGGAAGCUGAAAACAUGGCCCAGCGGGGCAUCGGCAUGGCUGCCGGCUCCGUGCCCAUGAACUUCAAGGACCUGAUCCAGACCAAGGCCGAGGAGCACAACAUCGUCUUCAUGCCAGUCAUCGGGAAGCGGCACGAAGGAAAGCAGCUGUAUACCUUUGGGCGCAUUGUCAUCUACAUUGACCGAGGGGUGGUCUUCGUGCAGGGGGAGAAGACCUGGGUCCCCACUUCCCUGCAGAGCCUCAUUGACAUGGCCAAGUGAGAGGGAGGGGCUCCUCAAGGAGGCUGUUUGCCAUCCUGGUUUGCUGAAAACAUGUUGUACCACAGUGGCCCCAACUGUGGGUAGCGCCAAAGGACUUCAUACGAACCGAGCCAGCCCCUUUGUUCCAGGAGAGGUUCUGGUGUGUAAAUAAAAUGUAUUUUUGUGCAA